AUGCCCCACCUGUCAUCGUGGUCACCGUGGCCACCGCGGUCGCCACUGUGGCCAGCGUGGCCCAUGGGCAUCGCCACGGCCGCCCAGGCGUGGUCGUUGCUUGGACAGGAGACGGCGGAGUGGCUCCAUGAGGAACACGCCCGCUGGUACCUUUCGACCGCCCUGGCGGUGCCCGUGCCCCGAGGCCUACGCGUGCCGCGGUUCUUGGACUGCGAAGGCUCCGCGUGGGAUCCUUCCUGGACACUCUUCAGGCAGCGCUUGCAGGAAGAGCCGCCAGGUGCGGCCCUGCGGGCCGGGCGCCCGGUCCACCCAGCGGCCGCGCGGCUGGCGCAGCGGUUCCUCUGGGAAUGGCCUCCGGAAGCUGCGGAGUACGGGCACCAGCUCUUCGCUCGGCGCCUGGCGCGUGAUUUGGCGCCGGAGCAAGGGAGCGGUACGACCGGAGGUCGUUAUGAUGAGGACAGUGCCGCCCAGGAUGGCUUCAUGAGCGAUGGCGCCUUCAAGGGCUUUUGUCUCUAUGGGUCAAGAGCUCGUCCGCAUCCGUCUCCGUGGUACAGCUCUUGUCGGGGACUCCCUCGCGAGUCUCGAUCCAGGCAGCGCUGGAGGGACUGCAGCUGGCCUUAG